AAUAUCUUACACAAUAUACUUAAAUACUCUGGUCCCUCUUUGUUUGGGCCAAUUAGCCAGAGUAUGCAUAUGAAUCUCUAGUAGCAUUUCUUAGCUUUACUUUAUCACCUCCCAGAUAUUCUAGAAACCACAACAUAGCCGUACCACUCACACAUCUAAGUUCCAACAAACAAACAUAAGUAAACCAAAAAUCUCAUACUAUAAAGUAUUCUACCUCCUUUUAUAACAAAUUCACUCUUUGUAGCUCAAGAACAACCACCCCAAAAUUCAAGGGAAUCAUUUACCUAUAUAACUAGCCUUUGGUCCCCAUUUUGGAUAACAUCUAACCACCCCUUUCAACAAUACUACCUUACAAAUACACAAACUUCUUCUUCCCUCCUUUUUUGGCCUUUCUUCCUCCUCCCUUAGCUUAUCCUUUUCCCCUCACCUCUCUCUCACACACACACACACAAUUUGUCACUAUGAUGCACCGCAAGCUGCUAGAGAUGGCGGUGGCGGCACCGACGUCGAUGGAUAAUCGAACAACAGCUAUGGAAACUCAGUUGACACAAGCAAACUUUGACACCAACAUGGUCAUAAUUUUGGCUGCUUUAUUGUGUGCUUUGAUAUGUGCCCUAGGGUUGAACUCUAUGAUUCGGUGUGUAUUGAGGUGUGGGCCACGGUUCGGGUUGGAGAGUGCUGAACAAGCGGCCGUGCGGAUGUCGGCCACCGGUCUUAAGAAAAGUGCGUUAAGAAAAAUACCCGUUGCAGUCUAUGAAGCAGACGGCAAUCAGGAAUCAGACACGAGUACGGAUCCAAGUGUUACAGAAUGCCCCAUAUGUCUAGGAGAGUUUAUUGAUGGAGAGAAAGUGAGAGUGCUCCCUAAGUGUAACCAUAGGUUCCACGUGUCAUGUAUUGAUAUGUGGCUUGGGUCCCACUCUUCGUGCCCCAACUGCCGCCACUCCCUAUUGGAGGUUGUUGGCACGUCGUCGAAAACGACAAGAGAAGAGAGAAUUAAUUACGGUGUUAACCAACCAUCAUUACCACCACCGCCACCACGUGGCGGUGGUGGUGAAAGUGAUGGUAGACAGGAACACGUGGUGGUUGAGGUGAGUGGAGCUAGUUAGUUAUAAUUUUUUUAAACUUGGGUAGUAUCAGUAUGUGUAUUAUAUUGGUUGUGUAAUCUAGUGGUCCUGUAAAAAGAAAGUAAGAUUGUUAUGUAUUACAAAAGAGGGAGUAGGUUAGCUAAGAUAGCUAAGUGAAAUUGCUCAAUUACACCGUCUUUUUCAUUGUUGAGGGUUUGAAUGCCAUUUUGGAAGGUACAACCAUUUUCCUUA